CUAUUACUGUACUAUUCUGAAAAGUCUUUAAAAAAGAAUCUUUUUACUUAGAAAAAUAAAAUGUUUUGACUCUUCAAAAACCCAAAAAAAAAGAGAGCCAUUAUCUUCUUCACCACUCUCACACACUCUCUCUUCUCUUCAACCAAACAUGGCCUCUCUUCUCUCACUCUCCCUCAUCCUCUCCCUCUUCUUCCUCUUCCUCUCACCUUCACUAUCUUCCCCAUCAGAGCUCGACAUUCUCCUCGACAUCAAAUCCUCUCUUGACCCACAAAAACGCUUCCUCACUUCAUGGACUCCAAACACAGACCCUUGCUCCCCUGGCUCAUUCGACGGUGUAGCUUGCGAUGGAAACCACCGCGUAGCUAACAUAUCUCUCCAAGGAAUGGGUCUAACCGGAACCAUCCCUCCUUCCAUCGGUCUUCUCACUAGCUUAACCGGUUUAUACCUUCAUUUCAACUCCUUAACCGGUCAGAUUCCUAAAGAUAUCUCAAAUCUACCUCUCCUCGCUGAUUUAUACCUCAACGUCAACAAUCUCUCCGGUGAAAUCCCUCCUCAAAUCGGAGACUUAGACAAUCUUCAAGUUCUUCAGUUAUGUUACAACAAGUUAAGUGGGAGUAUACCGACACAGUUAGGUUCUCUCAAGAAGAUUACUGUCUUGGCUUUACAGUAUAACCAACUCUCCGGUGCUAUACCGGCGAGUUUAGGAGAUCUCGGUACGUUAACGAGGCUUGACUUAAGCUUCAACGAUCUCUUUGGUCCGGUUCCGGUUAAACUCGCCGCUGCUCCUUUGCUUCAAGUUCUUGACAUUCGUAACAACUCCUUCUCCGGCGUCCUUCCCUCUGGUUUGAAGAGGCUAAACAAUGGGUUCCAGUAUGCAAACAACCACGGUUUAUGCGGAGGUGGGUUCACAGAUUUGAAACCUUGUACCGGUUCUAACGACCCGAACCUAAACCGUCCCGACCCAACAAACCCCAAGACUUUCAGAACAACAGAUGAUGUUAAACCGGAAUCUGCAGACUUGCAAAGAAGUAACUGCAGUAACAAAAAUGGCGGGUGUUCAUCAAAAACCUCAAAGUCCUCAUCUGUAGGAAUCGUCAUGGGACUAAUAGGAUCAAUACUCGCAGUAGCCAUCUUCGGUGGCUCAACUUUCACUUGGUACAGACGAAGGAAACAGAAGAUAGGAAGCAGUCUUGAUACUAUGGACAGUAGGGUAAGCACUGAGUACAACUUCAAAGAACCUUCUAGAAGAAAAAGCUCUUCUCCGUUGAUCAGCUUAGAGUACUCCAGAGGUUGGGAUCCGCUAGGUAGAGGACAGAACGGUAACAACAACAGUGCAUUGUCUCAAGAAGUCUUUGACAGCUUUAUGUUUAACCUUGAGGAGAUUGAGAGAGCUACUCAGAGCUUCUCCGAAGUUAAUCUGUUGGGGAAGAGUAACGUCUCUUCUGUUUAUAAAGGUAUCCUUAGAGACGGCUCUGUUGCAGCUAUCAAAUGUAUAGCGAAAUCUAGCUGUAAAUCAGAUGAAUCUGAGUUUCUCAGAGGGUUGAAGAUGUUGACAUUGCUGAAACAUGAGAAUCUAGUGAGGCUGAGAGGCUUUUGCUGCUCUAAAGGGAGAGGAGAGUGUUUCCUUAUCUACGAGUUUGUCCCCAAUGGUAAUCUCUUGCAGUAUCUUGAUGUCAAGGAAGAGAGUGGAGAUGUUCUUGAAUGGUCUACUCGAGUUACCAUCAUAAAUGGAAUCGCCAGAGGCAUUGUUUACUUGCAUGGAGAAAAUGGGAACAAACCUGCAAUAGUUCACCAGAAUCUAUCAGCAGAGAAGAUCCUCAUUGAUCAUUGGUAUAAUCCUUAUCUUGCGGAUUCCGGUCUUCACAAGCUUUUCACGGAUGAUAUAGUCUUCUCCAAGCUCAAAGCAAGUGCUGCAAUGGGAUACUUAGCUCCAGAGUACAUAACUACAGGAAGGUUCACUGACAAGAGCGACGUAUAUGCCUUCGGUAUGAUUCUGUUGCAGAUACUCAGUGGUAAAAGCAAAAUCAGCCAUUUGAUGAUCGUACAAGCUGUAGAGUCUGGACGACUGAAAGAAUAUUUCAUUGAUCCAAAUCUUCAAAUGAACUUUCCGGAGGCAGAAGCUGCUCAGCUCGCUAGACUUGGUCUUCUCUGCACUCAUGAGUCUUCAAACCUGAGACCAUCCAUGGAAGAUGUUAUGUACGAAUUGAAUAAACUCGCAGCGAGCCAUUAGUUGCCUUUAAACAAGGAGAUUCUUGCUUUUGAUUGUCCUAGACUAUCACCCACUCCCCUGAUGUUAUAUUGGUUCAUGAUGUAACAAUCUUAUCUCUUUUUGUAACUGUAGCUGAUGUACUUAGGAUGUAACAACAAGUGUUUUUUUUUUUUCAGACCAACCAACAUGUGAAUGAAUAUGUUGUGACAUUGUCUUCAUCUGUUUACUCCGUUUUGUUCUCCAUUUGAAUCGCAAGGAGUUGCAGAAUAGAUUUACAUCUGAAUAACAUAUUGUUUGCACAAUCUUUUAUCUACAAUGUGUUGGAAACUUCCAUGUUACCUACAAAGAAACUCAUGGACUCUUCCAUCAAGCUCAAUCCAACUACAUCCAGGAAGUUUUUCUAUCUUUUUUUCCUUCAUCAUCGUUCUAACCCUACGAACAUCCUUCCACAUUCCAUUACUAGCAUACAUAUUGGAGAGAAGCACAUAUGAGCUCGGGUUAUAGCCAGCUUGCAAAAUGAGGUGUUUCGCAACAAGCUCUCCCGUUUCAAACUCCUUAUGGUGACUACAAGCAGAGAGAAACGUCCUCCAUAUAACAUCGUUUGGCUCAAUUGGCAUUUCCUCUAUUAAGUUUUUUGCUAGCUCUAUACUUCCUGAUCUUGCUAGUAUGUCCACCAUACAUCCAUAGUGUUGCAAUCUUGGUUGUAUCUUGUGUUUUCUCCUCAUGAGCUCAAAGCAUAGAAGGCCUUCCUUCACCAAACCAGAGUGGCUGCAGGCAUUUAGGACUCCAACAAAGGUUAUAUGGUCAGGUUUUAUGGAACUUCUUUCGAUCUGUAAAAGCAUGUCGAAUGCAGAUUCUCCAAGACCAUGAACAGCUAGGCCACCAAUCAUGGCAUUCCAGUGAUCAAUACUUUUGCUUUCGAUACCCUCAAAGACCCUCAUGGCGUGUUGUAUGCUUCCACACUUCGAGUACAUAUCAAUGAGAGCAACUCC